AUGUCUCUGCAUCAGCGAGUCUCCUCCCAUUCGCGCAGGGCCUCGGUGUCGCAGGCGCAAUCGCCUUUCGUACCCUCCGACAUUGACCGUCACCUGCUCGACUCUCUCAACAAUGCUCACACCGAGCUGAACAAAACUAACUCAGAAAGGGACCGCUACCUCAUUUUAUACAACCAGGCCGACAAGAAGCUCACUGAGGCGACGGCCAUCAUCACCGACCUCAAGGCCCAGAAUCAAACCUUCAAGGAUGGCGCCGCCGCAUUCCAAGAAAGAUAUGAGCUCCUCAUAAAGGAAAAUGAUCGGCUCCGCCACGAGAACGGCGAGCUGGCCCGGGGCUUCGACGACCUCAAGGCCAAGUACACCGAGCUCUCCCACCGUUACAAUGCGCUGAACAGCGCUGCUCCCUCCUUCUCCUCCAACGCCGGUAGCGGUCAGUCCGGCUCACUGCCGGAGCGCCCCAAGGUCUCCCGCUCCUCAAGUAAGAAGGAGCGCAAGGAGGACCGCGAGGAACGUAGCCGUGUCCGAGACAGGGAAAAGUCGCGCGACCGCACCAAGGAAGACAAGCGUGACAAGGAAAAGGAAAAGGAAAAGGACAAAGAAAGGGAGAAGGAGAAGAAGGAGCACAAGGCGGAAAAGGAACGCCUCUCUCGUCGCUUCGAGGAGAGGCGCCCGGCCCCGCCCGCUCCGGCGCCUCCACCUCCCCCGAUGGCCCACCGGCGCAACAGCUUCAUCGAGGGCUGGGGCCCCGGCGGCCGGUCGUCGUCAGCCUCGGGAUCCUCCACUCGCAGUUACACCAACGGGCCCAACGGAAUCACUGGACCCAAUGGACUCCACGGCCCCCAUGGCGGGCCUCACGGCCUCAACGGACACAACGGCCACAUGGGACACGUGCAAGUGCCCGUUGUCACACCUGGCAGCAAGCCCGUCUAUGCCAGCAUUCCCCGGACGGCAGCAAACCCAAUGACUCCUCGGAUCUUCAGCGUCGCUGGAAGCACAGCCGCCGUGUUCGACGAUGACGGGAGUUACGAGGACGGCAAUUACCAUCCCUAUCCCAUCCCUCAGCCCAGGACUGAGUAA